GCUCUGAUUGGUCCCGCGCGGGGCCGGGGGCGGUUUGAGCGGCAGAACCCGGCGCGGCGGCGGCUCCGGGGCUCAGGCACGAUGCUGCCCCUGUCCCUGCUGAAGACGGCGCAGAACCACCCCAUGCUGGUGGAGCUGAAGAAUGGGGAGACGUACAACGGGCACCUGGUGAGCUGCGACAACUGGAUGAACAUCAACCUGCGGGAGGUCAUCUGCACGUCCCGGGAUGGAGACAAGUUCUGGAGAAUGCCAGAGUGCUACAUUCGUGGCAGCACGAUUAAAUACCUGCGUAUCCCUGAUGAAAUAAUUGACAUGGUGAAAGAAGAGGUGGUGUCCAAGGGCAGAGGCCGUGGUGGGAUGCAACAGCAGAAGCAACAGAAGGGCCGUGGUGUUGGAGGUGCUGGACGAGGUGUGUUUGGUGGCCGUGGCCGAGGAAUACCAGGCAGUGGAAGAGGCCAGCAGGAAAAAAAGCCAGGCAGACAAUCAGCAAAGCAAUGAGAGGCUGUCUGCACCCUGGCCGGGGACAGUGCUGCGAUGCUGUUUGGUUUUUAUCACCUCAGGAUUGCCAUGUGUUCAAAAGCGUUACCUUUCUACUCUUCCGUCAGUUGAUCAGUGCCCGAAUCGUGUAGUUUGGAAGCCCCUCACAAUUUAAUCUCGUAAAGUGGAGUUAUUCACUCCUUGUAGUCAGCAAGUCAUUGGAAAUAUUUAAAAAAUCAUUCCUGGUAAGGACCUAAGUUCUGCCUUCUCCUGAGAGUGAAAACACUCUUUAAUUUUUCAGGGUCCCCAGGUUUAAUUUAAAAGAUUAUCCUGUACAGUGGUAUAAGAAUGAAGGCAAACACUUUCUGGAUUGUUUGGAUUUUUUUUAUACUUGAAACUUGGGAAACUUACUGCAUUUGUAACGGAUGCAAGUGUUUUGGUUUAAAAACACUGAACUUGAGGAUAUUGUAUCUUUACCUGAGUAGUCUUAAAGGUUUGGGUUUUUUUAAAAACAACAAACUUUUAAGCUAUUGCUUAGCUUCUAUUUCUGGCCAGUCGGUUCUGUCUCUCUCCUAUGGCUUAAAGGAGGACUUGGGAUGAACAUUGCAUUGGCCUUCAAGGGUUGUUUCCAAGAGAGCUUUGUGAUAAAUGAGGAUUUCCCAAUUAAUGUAUUACUAAUUUGACUUCAGGUUAGAAGCUUCCUUUAAAGGAAAGGGGUUUCUGUGUUUUCUUGCGGAAGGCUGGUGUGCCCCUUACUCUUCAUGUGUGGGGGUUUUUUCUGAAAAGCAACCCAGCUGUUGAUUUAUGUUUUUUUCCCCCACUUUGAAAACACUCUCCCUCAUGCCUGCAACACAAAGUCCUGAACUCUGACAAUAUUUCUCAAGCUUAUUUCUUCUGGUACCUAGUGAUUGACUUCACUGUACGUACUUGCCAUUUCCUUUUCUAGUCACCGAUUAUCUUUCCCUGGGGACAAAGACCGGUGUGUGAGUGUGUCCUUCCUGUAGAUUAAGAAAGCUCCUGUGAAUUCCCAGGUCGGGUUGCUCCAGUCUUCCAUCCCAUGGGGUGCAGGGUCCCAUGAGCAAAAUGCGCCCGCAAAAUAUCCAGUCUGAUCUGAACUGAAUGUCUGCAUGGGAGCAUGGGGGGAAGGAAGAGGCUCUGGCCGUGCCUCAACCCCCUGAAUGGAUGAAAUAGCUUAAUUUUAGGGGAAAAGCUGAUAUUGUUACUUGCUCCGAACAGGUUUUUUUGUUUGUUUGUUUUGUUUUGUUUUUUACAACUGUUUCCCAUGUUGAAGCCUACUCUCUGCCAUCACCACGGUAUUGAAAAUGAGUAAAGAACAUGCUUUUAUAUAUACUUAUUUUUUUAACGUUUAUAGAACUUGUGCGCAGUGGUGA